AUGUCUGGCCUACAGUUUGUCAACCUAGCCACCAUACUGUUUGCUGUUGUCUUGGUUACUGGUUGUUUACUGGUUGAUCACGUGACCGGAAGCCCAGCAUCUAUGGAAGAGCGAGGUCUCCAUCGUUACCCCCGAGCCAAAUACCGGGUGGGUUACAUGUUCGGCAAACGGGCCUCAUCAUCAUCGUCGUCAUCAGAGGCCGCUCCAUCUUUAUUGUUUGACAUCAUAUCCAGAGAUAUCAUCACCAAAGAGGAGCUGGAGUCUCUGACAGACAAGAACCGGCAGCUCUUGAGUGAAGUUGUAGCGGCGCUGGAUAAGAAUGAUGACGGCUACAUUUCUCUGUCAGAUUUCAUGUGA